GGGAAAGGAUUUUUUAAAAAUAUAAAUACCUUCAAGCUCAAUCAAAACAUUAUAGUAGUAAUUUGUUCAUAAAAUCGGCAAAAUGAAAUUGAUCUUAGCAGUUCUAGCCAUUUCUGCCGCAUAUUGCGUAGCUGCACCAGCAGAACCAACCAAGGAACCCAUUCCAAUAGUUAAAUUCGAAAAUGAAGGAGUAAAUGCUGACGGAUCCUACAGCUGGAAUUAUGAAACCGGUAAUAACAUAAUCGCUCACGAGCAAGGAACAGUUAAGGCCGGCGAAAAGCCCGAUGAGUCUGAAUUGGAAGUUGUAGGAGGUUAUGAAUACACCGACAAUGAAGGCAACAAGGUACAAAUCUCCUACAUCGCCAACAAAGACGGGUUCCAACCUCAAGGAGACGUUCUUCCCACUCCUCCACCAAUCCCACCAGCGAUCGUAAGACUUCUGGAAUACCUCAAAGCUCAUCCAUCUGAAGAAGACGAAAAAGAACAAAACAAAUUCAUCGUCUGCUUGGCCAUCUUGUCAGUCUGUUACGGACGUCCUGCUGACGCACCUGCUGCAAGUGCUCCACCAGCUAACGCUCAACCACCCAUUGCAUUAAUCAAAUAUGAGAAUGAAGGUGUCAACGCUGAUGGAUCAUAUCAGUGGAGUUUUGAAGCAGCAAACGGCAUCAAACAAGAAGAAAAAGGAUCCUUUAAACCAGGUGCUACGGAAGGCGAAACUAUUGCAGAAGUCUCAGGCCAGGUCGAGUAUACAGCCGAUGACGGUACCCCCAUUCAUUUAUCAUACAUAGCCAAUGAAAACGGCUUCCAACCUCAAGGAGACCACUUACCCACUCCUCCACCAGUUCCUGAAGCGAUUCAGAAGUCUUUGGACUUUAAUGCGGCACAUCCACAGGCUGAGGAUGCUGGGGCUGGUGCAGCUGCACCUCAAGAAUAAGGAUAUUUUUUAUCUUUUAUCAUUUAAUUAAAUCUACAUUAAUACGAUGAAGAAAGAAAAAAACUUUUGUAAAUACUCGAUAUCUUAAUUUUAUUGCUAUCUGUUCUUUACAUUUACAAAAUAAUAUUUUUUUUGUUUUUUAACUGCGCUAGAAGCCAAACAAAUUAAAAGACACAUGGUUAUUGUAAGCUUGUAUUACUUUUCUAUAAUUUGUUAUGGUUAUGGUAGAAUUUAAAUGAACAGGUAGUGGUAGUAUUCCAAAAAAUAUAUUUUUUUAGUUUGUGCCAUAUUAAUAUUUUUAGCAUUUUACAAAAGUUUUUGUCUUUAUAAUGUUCAGCACUGUGAGCUGCUGAUGUUUACGGUUUGGAAUCUAGUCUUGAAUGGGAUUAUUAUUUAAUUCUUUUAUACUUUAAUAUUGCAAAUAAAAAUUGACUGU